ACUUACACACACUUACACACACACACUUACACACACAUACACAUUGAGCAGCAGGCUUUGUUCUAGAAUCUGGCACAGCUCACGACAGCACACAGCACAGAGAAAUCUACACUUUGGAUUUACUAACUGGAUGAAACAUCGACUGUGUUUCCCUGUGACCAGGGACUGCAACUGCACUGGUUUACUUUGACAGCAGUGAGGACUGACCUGAUCCAGGCAAAACUCUCGCCAUGCAGCUCUUCACCACUUUGCUGCUGCUGGUCCUGGUGUUUAUAAUUGCUGAGGCACGGAGGGGAAAGAGACUAGGACAAGAAAAUUCUAGGGGAAGAAGAAAGUUGAACUCCAUUAUACACUUGGCAAAUGGCUGCAAAGAGUACAUAGAGAAUGGUGAUAAGUUUCUUGACUGCCAGGACUGCAAUUUGACUGCUGUCCAGUUUGGUUGGCCAGAGGAUAUUGACCACCUUUUGUUGGCACAGAACAGGCUAAAAGUGCUGAAAGAUAACACCUUCAGUCAUUUUCGACACCUACUGAGUUUGGAUUUGCAGCUGAAUGAGAUUUCAGCAAUUGAGGAAGGUGCUUUCAGUGGCCUAAGUAAGCUCACCACCUUAUUGCUACAACAUAACCGCCUCCAAGUGGUUUCUGAAGCCAUGUUCAUUCCCUUGCCUCGACUUAGAUACCUGCGCCUUCAUGACAACCCAUGGACCUGCAACUGCCAGCUGGACAGCCUGGUCCGCUUCUUGCAGGUUCCAAGCAACCGUUACUUGGGUAACUUUGCAAAAUGUGCAGAGCCUACAAGGUUUUGGGGGCAGCAGCUGAAGACUCUGGAUCCUAAGUUGCUGUGCUUGCCCAUGCAGCCACUGGUUCAGAUUCCUAGACCGCAUUCUGAUACAACAUUGUUUUGCCACACUCAUGAUUCUCCAAAACCGCUGCUUGACUGCAGGAGCAAAGGGCUGAAGGCUGUGCCACGCAAUAUCCCAGAAAAUACUGCGAAAAUUGACCUUGCUUUUAACAACAUAACACAGCUGAGGUCUAAAGAAUUUACAACCAUCAAAGACUUAAAGCUGUUGAACCUGAGCAGCAACAGUCUGGAGCACAUUGACACAGCUGCAUUUUCUGGGCUUCUGCACCUACGAGAGCUGGACCUCUCUAACAACAGCCUGCACUACUUUAAUUACGGUGUCCUGGAAGACCUUUACUACCUCAGGACACUGUCUCUAAGUGGCAAUCCCUGGAUUUGUGAUUAUAAUAUCCACUACCUGAUCUACUGGCUAAAGCACCAUCCAGCUGUAGAACACACAGGCCUGGUGUGCAGCGAGCCAGAGGAAUUCCGUGGUUGGCCGGUUGAAAGCUAUGUCAAGACCUACAAUGCUGAGUGUCCCAAAGACAAGCAGGUGGACCUGCACAGAGGAACUGGUCCCACAGCCACCACAUCACAAGAGCUUAUCGCAGAAAUGGAGGAAGAUACAGGACUGCUGCCCAGCCCACUCCGAAAAAAGGAACCCAAAAAGUUUGAGAUUUUCCGUCUGAGAUAAAAAGACCUCUGUUCUACAGUAAUUACAGAUCUUUCAUGAUAAACUGAAAUGUUUUCCUAUAGAACAGUUCUGAUUCAGUCUGUACUUGAUCAGAGAAAAAAAAAACUUCUUUAUUAUAUAUUUUUAAUUUUAUAAAUAAAACUGAAUAUUACAGUUUCAGAAAUAAUGAGUUUUUGCUUUUUCAUUUUUUUUCUUCAAUUUGUAAAAAAUCAUAAUGUAUUUUUUUCUACUACUGAAUUAAUUAAUAAAAUAAGACGUUUUUAUUGAGAUAAUAUACACUAAAUGCAAUUCAGUCUUACAGCGUAACAGCACACACAUGCAUAUUUAUGCUCAUGUUCAAAUGAACCCUUUGAUGUAAGUUCCACAUAAAUGUCUAAAACAAGGAAGUGUAAUGUCCUCCAGGAGGGCCUUUUAAUGAGGACUCUGUGGCUAUAUUCUAAACAUUUGCAGAUGAGUAGAGAUGUUAAACAGACACCGUUUUCUCUGAUCAAGACUGCUGUUCCUUUAAAAGCUUGGAAAUCCUGGAACACACUUCAGUCUGAUGUCACCCCUGGAGGAAGUUAUCUUUGAUGAAGAUAAAUAUAAACCACAUCAAGUCAUGUAAAAAAAAAAAGUUCUAAGCAAAAAAGUGAAGUCUUUGAUUUUGAAUAAACAAAUUUAAAAAGCAA